AUGAUAAAGAUUGCCACUCUAAAAGAGCAUCCCUAUUCGUCCCACAUCUCCAAGUUUGCAAUGUUCCCAUCCUUCCACCCUCCAGAUGACCCCGACACAGGAGUCAGAGCUGCUUCCCAAACCUUCCUCCACCCCCUCGUCCCAAAUAGCGCACCGGACGUCACUCUGCUGAGCAAAACUAUAGGCAGCCCAUACAGACACGAGGUCUUGAGGACACCCAUGAAAACCAGGAAGAAAGCUGUUAUGUGGCCUGGAGAACACGGCUUCUUUGAUCAUACAAAGCCACUGAAGGGACACACCCAGGUCUUCUACCCCACUCCUCCAAAGACAGUGCAGCCCAACCCUAAACUUCGUGACUGGGAUUUAUCGUUGUCUGAGCGGACGAGCAACAUGCUGAAAAAUUUGGAAAGGACACACUGGGUCACCUCCUACCAAAUGCACCACACAGGAUCGGGGCCUGCAAAUCCUCUUAAGAUAGACGACUUCAAGGAAAAAUUGAAUGACAUCACCGGGGUGAAUUCACACACUGCACCACUGAGAGAAAGGUCCUUUCCUGUAUUUGUUCCCUCUAAACCCAGAGGAGGAAGUAGAAGAAGACAGGGGAGCACCUGCAGUACCGCUGCUACUGAACUCCCAAAUCUAUCUCCAGCUCCAAACCAAGGCACUGCUUCAGCUACUAUGAACCAACACAGGCCACAGGAGAUCACAGCUAAGCUUAAUGAGGCACCAGAUCCAAACCAAAGGGGUCAUAGUCAAUCAAAGUACAGCUCUGGCUCCACAGAAGCACAGAGUGCUGAGCUGUCCCAGGAGGUCUUACACAAACAACAAACUGAGAGCAAAAGCUCUGCGCACGAGGGCAGGGAGAGGGAAAACUGCAGAGUCCAGUUUUAUGAAAGUCCAAUGCAAGUAUCAGUGUCAUACAGCAGCCAAGAGGCUAACGCUGCCACAGAGCGACCUCUAGACCUGAACCACCGCCCACUUUCCCAGGGAGAGAUGGAGGUCAACAGGGAGAAAAGCCUGUGUGUAAAGGAUGAACCCAGCAGCACAAAGGAAUAUUUUAAAGCUGGAAGAAAUGUAUCUAGCAUUAGUCCGUCAUCCAUCGCCAAAGACCUGGCAGGUAUUGAAUCUCAUGCUGAGUUAUCAUCAAGGGCAGCGUCAGAGCAGGGGAAACUGGUAAAGAGCAGAGAGCUGCCACACAGUCUCUGUAACCCCUGCAUCCUGCCGAGGCCUCCUGUCCUGCCUGGCAUUUGCCCGGUGGACAGAGUUGGGACUGUGGGUGGGGAAGCCACAUCUCUCAGCCUCCGGGACCUUCAAAAUUCAUUCAGUAAGUCAAAGGCCCAUAAUGACUUUAACAGCUCCAUCACACGUGCUGCUGUGAACCUGAGAGACAAUGUCGUCACAGGGAGAAAACAUGACUUCUAUGGGAUCAACUGUUACUACCUGCAUGGAUAA